UUAACUCCUCCAGAAAGACUCUCCUACUUCCGCCAGUAUAAGCUCAUAAGCACACAGACGCAUUUCCACAGACCGGAGGCAUGGCGAGCGAUGAUCGAGACAACUGGGAAAGUCCUCUGCAGUUUGUACUGGCUUGUGUUUCUUAUGCCGUCGGACUGGGAAACGUGUGGAGGUUUCCUUACCUCUGUCAAAUGCACGGUGGAGGGGGUUUCCUGAUUCCCUAUCUGGUCAUGCUGCUUCUGGAAGGCGUGCCUUUGUUCUACUUGGAGCUAGCCAUUGGUCAGAAAAUGCGUCUGGGCAGCAUCGGUGCAUGGACUGCUAUAAGCCCAUAUUUAGGAGGACUUGGACUUGCCAGUGUUGUGACAUCAAUGUACUUAUGUCUCUAUUACAACAUUAUCAAUGCAUGGAGUUUCUGGUACCUCUUUCACUCAUUUCAAUCUGUCUUGCCCUGGGCAGCUUGCCCUGUAAAUUCCAACCGGACCGGACCUAUAGAGGAGUGUGAAAAAGCUACAUCCACCCAGUAUUUCUUCUACAGAGAAACCCUUAACAUCUCUCCCUCUAUUGAAAAGAGUGGAGGCAUUCACACAGGUCAAGCGCUGUGUUUUCUGCUUGCAUGGGUGAUAACUUAUCUAUUCAUUAUCCGAGGUGUAAAGUCGACUGGAAAGGUAGUAUACUUCACUGCAACAUUUCCAUAUGUUGUCCUGCUCAUCUACUUGAUUCGAGGCAUGACUCUUCAUGGAGCUCUAAAUGGUGUCAAAUACAUGUUCACACCCAAGAUGGAAGAACUUGCCAAUCCUACUACUUGGAUCAAUGCAGCCACUCAGAUCUUUUUCUCUCUGGGUUUGGGUUUUGGGUCACUCAUAGCUUUCGCCAGCUACAACCAGUACCACAACAACUUUGAGCGGCAGGCCAUCAUUGUCUCCCUCAUUAACAGUGGAACAUCUAUCUUUGCCUCCAUUGUCACCUUUGCCGUCUAUGGGUUCAAGGCAACUAUCAACUAUGAGAAUUGCUUGGACAGGACACGCAUACUGCUGCUCAACUCUUUCAAUCUUGCCGAAGACAGCAUCAUCCUCAACAACGUGUUUGAAAUGAUUGAGAAGCUGAACACAACAUUCCCAGAGCAGUUCGCUGAACUUAGCAACAAACUAGAAGACUGCAACCUGGAGAAUGAGCUAAGCACUUCUCAGACACACCAUCUGAACCUGGGAAUCUCCAUCCUCCGCCUACUGUGGAUCACACAGGCUGUGGAGGGGACUGGGCUGGCCUUCAUAGUGUACAGUGAGGCCAUAAAGAACAUGCCACUGUCUCAGCUGUGGUCAGUGCUGUACUUCUUCAUGCUUCUGAUGCUGGGAAUGGGCAGCAUGCUGGGAAACAUCACCGCCAUCACCACCCCACUACGGGACUUCAGAUUUCUGUCCCAUGUAAGCAACGAGGCUUUAAAUGGUUUUGUGUGUGUCCUCUGCCUUCUGCUUGGCCUUGGCUUCACAACAAGAUCAGGAAACUACUGGUUUACCAUGUUCAAUGACUAUGGAGCCACUUUCUCCCUGUUACUCAUUGUCCUUUUUGAGGUCAUAACUGUCAGCUACAUUUAUGGAAUCAAAAGGUUUGAAAAAGAUAUAGAAGACAUGCUGGGCCAUCGUCCUAAUUGGUUCUGGAAAAUCAUGUGGGGAGGAAUUAGCCCCCUACUUCUUAUCGGCCUCUUCUUGUUCUAUGUCAUUAACUACAUCCAAGGAGGAACACCCACUUACCAAGCAUGGAACAAAGAUCUGGGGAAAAGCGAGCAGACGGAGUAUCCUCUCUUUGGUCAGGCUUUCAUCGGACUGCUCUUGGUAUCUUCAGUGAGCUGUAUUCCCCUCACAGCUUUGUAUAUCUUCUGUCAGAGGAGGAAACAUGCACAGCGACAAAAGCAACAGCGUACUGUAAAUACAGUAGCUGCUUAGUGAUGGAAGGCGAUGGGGACAAACUUUGACUGUAACCUUCCUGCCACUUUCCUCAGCAGGGCUUUGCUCACCAGCUGGAAAGCAAGACUAUGGCUUCCAUCAUGGAUCACAAAAUGGAACAGUGGCAAAAGAAUAACCAGGCAUUUGUGUUUGUUGAUGUUUGUUUGUUCAAAAUAAAAAUGAAACUAAUAUUUUUAUGUGAGCCAGAGCUUUUUAAGGUUUUCAUAAUGGAAAGAACUUGAUGUUUUCUGAAUAAUGUGGUGUUUAUAGAGAAAUCCAGCUGUACAUAUAAAAUGUGUAUUCAUUUUUUCAUUAAUAUAUUUUUCACUGACUCAACUGUUGCUUUGAGCCAAUCAACAACCUGUACACUACACUGAAGUAGAUUCAUUUGUUUCCAUCCACAGUAAGAAUCCGCUGAUUAGCUUCAACUAGUUUACACAUCAUUAAAUGUGACGCCGUAGGUUUUACCAUGUUCGUGAAUAAAGUGUAGUUUAUGUAAUUGCCAGAUGUUUUUAACAAAUAUAGUUGUAUUCAGUAUUUUAACAAUAUUCAUUCCCUGUUUGUGUGAUAAUGACAUAUGUAGCUGUUGCCCACACAGUGAGCUAUUUUAUUUAUUUCAUAAACUUUUUGAGUUGGUUUUUGUUAGUUUUGCACCAACUCCUCUGCACCACGGUUUGUAGUUCAAAUCAGAGCCGAGGCCUUUCUCUACAGAGUUUGUGUUAAAUAUGUGGGUCUUCUGGAAACCUGGAGACUAAAUGGCCUGUCUGUAAAUCUUCCCUGUGUCUUUGGGUGUGAAAUGGUUAUCAUUUAUCUGUGUUGUCACGGUGAUCAGGUGGUGACCUGCCCAACAUGUACCCAACCUUUUGCUUGACAGCUGAGCUAUGUGCCAACUCCCAAUGACCCCAACAGGAUUUAGUUGGUACAAAAAAUGAUUCAUAUUUAACACACAUCAGAAAUCAACAUUCAUUUACAGCAGAAUGUUAAUUUCUGCUGUAAAAUAAAUUGAUUCUCAGUCCAAUCUUACCAUUGACACAGAAUAUCCAACAUAUGGUAACGAUUGUUAUCAAACAAAAAGCAUGUUCUCACAUUUUGUUCCAAUAUUUUCUUGGCAAUUCGGUAUUUUAAAUGAAUUGAGUUAGUUUUAUUAUAGCAUCACACCACUGUGGCUGAAAAAUCUUUUAAUCUCAAUGAGAAAAAUACAUGUUGGACAGAGAAUAAUCUGCUGAUUAAGUAGUCUAAUGAUCUGAAAAUAACUUGUAUAAAAGUUUUGAAAAACAGAUUAUACAUUUCUUUCCAAAAUUGCAUGUUAUAAUAAAUUACACUUUAAGAUUAGUUUUGUAUGUGCUAUUUUUAUUAGGACAAAUCAUCAUGUCAUGUUUAAAGAUGGAUCAGUUGUUUUGAUACAAAUAAUUAGAAAGGCAUGCAUUUUUGUUUAUCAUGUUUACUAAAUAAGAAUCAGUACAUACUCACCAUAGACAGCUAUUUUUUUUGUAAAAUGUUAUAAAAUCUUUACCAUAUUAUUUAGCUAUUUCAAGGAAGUUGUAUUUUUUCUUUUUUCAAAUAAAUGUGAAGUUUA